CAGCUGCCCAAUCGGAGCCCCCGGCUCUCCCACCCUGCGGGGCGGGGGGUGGGCAUCUCCCCGCCGCCGCCUGAGGAAUGUCAACUAUUCAACAUGGAGACGGCGGUUACCAGGCUCGAGACCAUGUUCCAGAAGGCAGAAUCUGAUCUGGAUUAUAUUCAACACAGACUGGAAUUUGAGAUAAUGAAAAGUCUUCCUGAUAAUCCAGCAGCAGAGGAAAACCCAGUUGCUCUCUUAGAAGAACUCUCCGUGGUAAAAUCUCGUUACAAAACGUUAUGUAUGCAGCUGGAAAAAGUUUCCUUAGAGCAGAGAGAAUCCAUGAAUGGCAUCCGUGCUGCUCUAGAGAACACCAUGAGGAUCGUUCAGGCACUGCAGCAGCGCACUGAUCUCCAGCGCUUGCCUCUGUCAGAAGAAGAACAGGCUGCAGCACAGCAGUUAGGCUGCCAAACUGCUAAAGAAAUGGAAUCACUGGUUGAAAAGCCAUUCUGUUCAGAAUCUGUAGACCCUGACACAGCUGAAGAGUCACAGUUCAAACCACUGUCUGAAGAAACACUUCUGACUGUGCCAAGGAGUAUCAGAAGCACCGUUAAAUUAGCAGACUUGAACAAUUUGUACAGGGAUUUAUUUAACCACUUUGUUGUAAAUAAGAACAGAGCGGCACUGAGCAUCUCACAGAUGAACAAAAUGAACAUGAAAGCCACUGACACAAGGAUACGGAUCUUGAAAGAGCUUGCUAUUGUGGAACUUGACAAACAAGGCAAUGUUAAAUUAGUCGUGUAAAUGAAGGCCUGGUCCGUCCUCGUUGGGCACACAGCACCUUGGCCAUGUGUCACUGACGAGUAUUUGGUGGCUGGGAGUUACAGAACACUGCUGGAAGGCUGUUGAUAUCUCUGUACACAAAUGCUAUUUCUGGUACUUGAAAAGCUGCAGAAUGAAACCCAUUGAGGUUGGCAUUUGCCCGUGGAUGUUUACAACGUUUACACGACUGCAGCCCACGCGGUUUUUGAACAGCACUGUUAACCAGGUGUCAUUUCCAUCUCAUUGCAUUCCUGAGCGGGGUUUUUAAGACAAAUAACCCAGGCCACUUCACUGUACUCACAUUCCUGAAUAAAUGGUGGAAGCAAA